AUGGCUUCAUCUAGGGUUUUUGCCAGCAAUUGCAGAUCUCUAAUGGCAGCGGCCAAAUCUGCUGCUAAAGCUACCACCACCACUACCGCUCCAAAGGCCAAAUCUGGCAAUGCCGGCAUACUCAAGGUCCAAAAUGUCUCCCCUUCUCUUGCAAAGUUCAUCGGUUCCUCUGAAGCCUCCCGCUCUGGUGCUGUCAAGAAAAUCUGGGAGUAUGUUAAAUCACACAGCCUCCAGAACCCUACCAAUAGGAGAGAGAUUUACUGUGAUGACACAUUGAAGACCAUUUUUGAUGGCAAGGAGAAGGUUGAUUUUCCAGAAAUUGCAAAAUUGUUGUCCAACCACUUCCCAAAGGCUGCUCAAGGUUGA